GCUUUACACUUUCGAACUCGGACACCUUCCCGAGCGCUAACUGUUAUCAACAACCCCGGUUGGUCUGGAAAUGUCAAAUACAUAUAGGAAGCUAAAGCCUCACAUAGCCAGUUAAUAUAUCCAAUGCCUAUUUACAAACCUCGAACGCAGUUCGGCUCACUAUAGCCUUCAAGAUGUGCACCUUCUGUUACACCCCCUACAUCGGAUGCCCCAAAGGACGACGACACUACUACCUCCAAUGGUUGAAAUGCAAAACUGCCAUCAAGAACGGCCACAGCUACUGUCCCAUCGGCGAAUCUACCGAGGUUAGAGAACUCCAGAAGCUGUCUGGGAACGUUCUUGCUUGCCCAUUCCAUACGCACAUCGCCAUACAGCAGAUUGAGUUUGAGUUCCGCCAACGAGACGAAGUUCCAAGCCCGAUAGAAUCUUCCGAGCCUUCUUCUCCCACCACAUCCAACACAACUUGUGUAGCUUCUGAGAACGAAUCCGAGGUUGAGGUCAACCACGCAAGUCAGAAGUCCUUGUACAGACCUUCUAGCACCGCAGUUUACCUCGACCUAAGGUUUCCCAACUCCGGUCCCAUCAAGCGGCACAAGUCAGCAUCACCUCUGAAGACAGAAACCAGAAAAACACAUCGAAGCACGGGCGGGAGCCUAGACAGUCGCAGUGAACCCAACAAAAGCAUUACCUGCGACCAAUCUCCUCCCAGCAGCAGCAAGAGACGUCCGCUCAUCAGCCCAGGCCUCCCAGCUAGCCCGGCUGCAUACCGUCAAAGUCGGAGUCGAAGUCGAAGCCAACCCCCGUUACAGCCACACGCCAAACCCACCUUGAAGGCACUCAAAACCGGGCUUGAUACGAGCACUAAAACCCUGGGGGACGCCAACGAGUUCUCAAAACCAGCCCACUACCCACUGGCACCCAGCCCUCCUCCACCCGAAAUCAUCACGACAUUACCGACCCCAGUUGACCAGGUCAAGCCAUCCAACCCCGACCUCUUGACUCGCCGCCUGGGGCCCUCGACGGCACUUACCAUAUCGAUUACCAAAGCCCCAAAGCUUACCAUUCAAAAAAUCACAUCUUCCAAGUCCGAGCCAGAGCUUAAGUCAACAUCCAAAGGUCCCGAAUCAAGUAAAUCCACCACCACCACCACUCCCCACACAUUCGAUUCCUUCCUCACUCCCUCCGGUACUCUCCAGACCGACGCUCACUCUACCCCCACUCCCACCUCCACCGCGGGCAACACCACCAAGAGCAGUAGCAGCAGCAACCUCUUCACCCGUCUAAAAGACAAUACCACAACAACACUCCAUCAUCCCGCUCUGAGUCGUACACUCAGCGCCAGCACCAGCACCAACCGCCGCCGUCAAGCACCAGCCACAGACCCAAGGAACAUCGCGCCAUGGGAUCAGGUGCUUUUACCGGCCUCUAUCUCCAAGCCUGUCAACCUUGAAGUCGGAGAGAAUAGCUCUACCAAUAUCAAGAAGCCAACCACAGUGCUAGAUGGCACCAACCGCGCUGGUUCGGAAAAAACAAACGCAAUCGACGGUCACCUUCUCCAAGGGAGGUUAGGGGGGCAAGGUCCGAGGACGGCGCCGUUGCCAGCCGAGAUGGAGGUCAUGAUGUCGAGAUUGGAAUCAGUCGGAGUUGGUGUUGGACUUGGGAUUGGAUUGGAUGGAGUUAUCUUGAGUGUUGAUGAUGAGGUAAAUCCUAUAGCGGGACAACACAAGAGGAGUGGUUCGGCUACUUCAUUGAGGGGGAGAAUGGGGCUGGGGCUGGGGCUGGGCUUGAAGAAGAGGGGGGGCGAAUGUUGUUGAUCGGAUGGAUGGCUGUGCAUUGAUUGCAUUUGGGGCUUCCUCGGGGUUUUCCUGAAUGGCAACUGGGCCGACUCGUUACUGAUUGGCGAAUCGGGGCUUGGCUUCCAUUGGGAUGGGGGGCAAUUGACUGUGUAACAGAAAAUCUGAGACGAAUGCAUACAUGCCUAUUCG